UCAAGCAGGGAAGAAUGGUUGAAGAGAAGCGCGAGCUGAGCGGCGAGGGGGCGGCGGCGGGAGCGCCCAAGGAUGGAUCCGCCUGAGGUGUGGGAUCCUUAUAGCCGGCCGGCCCGCCGAACCCAGUGGCUGGUGAGCGCCUUGGCUUACCACUACGGGCUAGACCGGGGGGUAGAGAACGAGAUCAUCGUGCUGGCCACAGGCUUGGAUCAGUACCUGCAGGAGAUCUUCCACCACUUGGAUUGCGAAGGCGAAGGCAAGAUCCCCGGCGAGGAUUUCCAGACCCUCUGCCUGGUGCUGGGGCUGCAAGACGACGAGGAGGAGGCGGCCGCCGACCCGGAGGAAUGCGCUGGCCUCUGCGAGAACCUCUCGGCCGAGCUGACUUUCCGACAGUUCCAUGCCAAGCUGUGCGGCUACUUCAGCACUAAGGCCGGCUGCAAGCUGCCGGACCAGGGCGUCCCGGGGGUGAACAGACUACCUCUGGGCAAGGAGAGCGAACACAUCGAGACCCAGAUUCGCCUCCGCAGCCCGCUCCGCCGUCGCCGGGAGCAAGCUGCGGCGGGACGCAGGGCGGCGGGCAAAGGCUGCCCGCGGAGCAGCGGCGCUCGCUCGUGCUCCUCCUCGCCGCCCGGGUCGUGCUCCCGGGAAUGCUAUGAAGAGAUCGUGGCGCUGGAGCAAGCGGAGGAUCGCAUCGUCAAGCUGGAGGACGAGAACGCCAGCCUGCGCGAACUGGUGGAGGACAUGAGGGCGGCUUUGCAGAGCAGCGAUGCCCGGUGCUUGGCGCUCCAGGUGGGAUUGUGGAAGAGCCACGCACAGCAUAAGAAAAAUGGGACUUGCUUUAUAGGCAGCCGGAGACAACAGGUUAACAAUAGAUUUCAGACUUCCAAGUGCCUUCAGAGUGUUCUAAAAGAAGUUGAAUUAAUCCGAACUUCUAGAGAUGGACAAAUCGAAGAAGCAAUUAAGUUUAACCAAGAACUGGAAAAAGAACUAAGGAAUUCUCAUGAAGCCCUCAUAGCCCUGGAAGAUUGCAACCACAGCUUAAAAAGAGAGCAGGCAGAAAUGAGGAAGAAAGUUGAAGAAGCAAGAUGUGUUAUCGUUAACAGCCUUGGAAAAGUAAAGGAGCUAGAAACUAAAGCUCAUAAAGUGUCCCAACUGCAGAUCUAUAUCCAGCAGCUAGAAUCUCAGCUACAGUAUUAUAGGUAA